AUGGACGGCCCUAUCUACUUCGCUGAAGAUAGCCCUGGCAUGUUGAUCGCCUCGACAGCUGAUAGUCUGCGUGCCAUCAUCUUCGGUGACGUCAUCCUGGCUCCUCCAAUCAUCGGCAAGUCUGGCAUGGUGACUUCUCCAGCAGGACAUGAAAAAACGUCGUGGACAGCUGCCUUCUUCAUGACUCAAAUGCUUGCCGAAUUAAUUAAGGGUCAGAAACGUAUAUCACAAGAAAUAACACGCAUCAGGGACUUCCAUCAGGUUGUUAAUUCAAACUUUGAUGCCUUAGAAACGCGUGUCUCCGCAUUGGAAUCACCCCGGGAUACGCUUCCUUCUACCGCAAGCAAUGGUAAAAUGAAUAGCGAACUUCAGCAGCUACAAAUGAAAAUAAACCAACUUGCUUUGCGUAAUGACGAUUUAGAAAAUCGAUCUCGCCGUAACAACUUGCUGAUGCAUGGCUUCACUGCGACACCUAAUGAAACCCACGAUCUUCUGCUGUCUAAAAUUUCCGCGUGGUUCAAAGAAAAACUUCAAAUCGAUUGCCCGAGUAUUGAAAGGUGCCACAGGAUUGGUCGAAGGCAUGCCGAUCGCCCACGCCCUAUCAUGAAACUGCUCGACUAUCGCGAAAAGAUAAACGUCCUUAAAAACUGCCACAAACUUAAAGGUUCUGACUUCCGUAUUUCGGCGUAUUUUUCAAUGCGCAUACGAUCAAUCAGAAAAAAGAUAUGGGACGCAUCUAAGCAUUUUAGGGAUAAUGGCUCCAUCGUUCACUUAACCUUUGACCACGCAUUUAUUGAUAAGGUUAAGUACAAUUGGGACGAUGAUACUAACACCCUCACUAAUAGCUGA